UUGUCCCGUCCGUGGAGCUGCAGCACGGCCGCACUGCCUCCACCGACCCGCUGCCUGCCUCACUUUACAAGAAUGUGAAAACUAAACCACCUGGAUAAAAGUUAUUUUCAUGGAAAGAAAGGCUCCAACUGCAGGACCAUGGGGUAUGGGCAAAUCCUCCACCGACGAGGGAAUGAGGAGGACCAGGUCCACCUCAACGUGGGAGGGGUUCGACACCAAGUGGAUGCGGACAUGCUGCUCCGCUUCCCUCACACACGCCUGGCUCGUCUGUUGUGCUGCCAAAGCGAGGCAGCGAUCCUGGAGCUGUGUGACGACUACAGCCCUUCAGAGAGGGAGUACUACUUCGACAGGAAUCCCCGGGUUUUCCUCUGCGUGCUCAACUUCUACCACACGGGGCGCAUUCACAUGAUGGAGGAGGCGUGCGUCUUCUCCUUCAGCCAGGAGAUCGAGUACUGGGGAAUCCAGGAGCUCCACCUGAGCCCCUGCUGUAGCUACUGGUACCACGAGAGGAAGGAGUACAUUGAGGACAGAGAGUGGGACGUCCGGAGUGACGACCAGCAGCAUGCGCCGAGCAUCGACUCCUCCUUUGAAGAGCUCUCUGCUCUCGAUAAGGACCUGGCAAAAUUCAAAGGUGCCUGGUGUGCAGAGGUGAGGAGCUACGUCUGGCUCCGGCUGGAGGAUCCAGGUCACUCAAGGGGCUCAAAGAUCAUCGCCGUGGCCUCCCUCAGCUUGGUGUUGACCUCUAUCGUUGCCAUGUGUGUCCACAGCAUGCCUGAGUUUCAACAGGUGGACGACAACGAGAAACCCAUCGAGGACCCCGUCCUCACCAUCCUGGAGGAGAUCUGCAUCGCUGGUUUCUCUGCCGAGUUCAUCAUCAGGCUGAUUGUCGCGCCCUCCCGCAGGAAGUUCCUCGGAAACCCCUUAAACAUCAUCGACGUUGCCUCCAUUUUGCCAUUUUACGCCACUUUAGCUCUGGAAACAGCCGACGAGGAGGUCGCAGAGGAGAACGAGGACUUGGAAAAUGUGGGGAAGGUGGUGCAAGUUCUGCGCCUCAUGAGGGUUCUCAGAAUCCUCAAACUGGCCCGCCACUCCAUCGGGCUGCGAGCGCUGGGUGCCACCGUCCGCCACAGCUACCAUGAGGUGGGUCUGCUCCUUCUCUUCCUCUCGGUUGGGAUCUCCAUCUUUUCCGCCCUCAUCUACUUCGCUGAGAAAGAAAUGGAGAGCACAGAUUUGGGGACCAUUCCUUCAGGCUGGUGGUGGGCCACAAUCACCAUGACCACAGUCGGUUACGGUGACACCUGCCCAGUAACAGUGGCUGGGAAGAUAGUGGCCACCUUGUGUAUCGUCUGUGGCCUCUUAGUGGUGGCUCUGCCCAUCACCAUCAUCUUCAAUAAGUUUUCAAAGUACUAUCAAAGAAACAAAGCCAUGGAGGGAAAGUGUAUCCCAAAGCCUGAGAGACAAGACCCAGAGCUCCCUCACUAUAACAUCAGAGACCUGUUCACAGGAAGCGUGUACCCCUUUAUAGGAGGUAUCGCCUUCAGGAACAGUGUGAGCAGCGCAGGGGACGAUACGGAUGCCUCCAGUCUCCAGGACAUAGAGGUGUACGAUAAUGACACUUGUGAAAAUGGGGCGGCAAAAUGACAUUCACUCCCUUUAUGACUGCAAGUCACCCCGUGCCUCUCAGGGCCGAACGCUCCAUCACCGACCCUGCCUCCCCUGCACAGUCUUCCUCCUGCAAUUUGACAGAGAAUUACCGUGGCCAUGACUUUUUUUAUUUAUUUUUUUUGUCUACGAGGGAAUAGCUUGUGAAAUAUACAGCGUCGCUAAAACCAGGAAAUCUAAAGGGAAUUAUCUGAGCCUUGCUCGGAGGUUUGAAAGCCCAUUUUCUGCUUGAGAAAACGGCAAUGAUGCAUGUAGGAGGCCAUAAUGUUAAUGUUUCUUCAAAGUAAUGCGCUGUAUUGAUUUGUCUGCUCGCUGGAAGUUCAGACUGAGAAUUCGGCGAAAGUCUAGGAUGACAACAACACUGUUUGAUGUUUCCAAAUGGUAUUAUAGAUCUCUAAGUUGACUGAUGUUACACAGUCUGCAUGAAGAAAAAUAAAUGCAUUUCUGAAAGAGAGUAAUGUGGAAUUAUGCAAUAUUAUUGAUGACGAGAGGCCACGUGACUCUCUCAGCACUGUGGAAAGCACUGAUAUACCAGGUUAUUGUUAUUAAUCUUUUCUUUUGGACAGUUGUUUGGCAUGCUGGGUCACUCCUGGGGGGUUACUCAUGUGGACAUGAAAUAAAACUCAG